GGAGGAAUCUUUCAGUUGAAGUUAUUGAUUCUCACGGAUUGGAGAUCAUUGAUUAAAAGUCAGCUCACACUGACUUCAAGUCCAGCCAUGUCGGCUGCCACUCCAGCUCCUCCACCUGGAGAUAAUAACCUCAACAGCCAUCCUCCCGGUCACAACAUAAAUCUGCCUCGAUUCCAUCCCAUAGCCAUCAAUCCAAAUGUACCUGGGUCGACAGCUCCAGGCCCCCCACCAUACCAUCGCUCAUAUGGAUCUCCAUACUCAGAUCACCCACCACCUCACCAUGCUUCCACUGGUCCUUUACCGCCGCCUCUUCCACCAGCUCCUGCGUCCCAUCAGUAUCAGCCUCAACAUCAGCAACAUUCUCAGCAGCCAGGACCGCCUUCUCGGCCAUCGUCUCAUCCACCUCUUCUCCCGGUACCUGUGGCAUCUCAGCUCGACCAGAUCGAGGCUCGAUUACGACAGAUUGAACAAGAAGAGGCUAGUCGUGCGGCAGCUCGUGCACAUAUGCUUGCCUUGAGAAGACGAGAAGACGAAGAGUUUCGUAUGGUGACUGAGAGAGCCGAGGCUGAAGAAGAGGAACUACGACGACGGAGAAAGAGACUGAAAAGAGAAUCAAUGGGUUUGAUGGACGGUCAGAUGGAGUCUCCACCUGCACCAACGCCACGACGUCUUUCGGAAACCAGUGCUGCAACGACGUUAGCGUUUUUCAAGCAACAGACCCCUCCUGAGCCGCGACCAUCAGAUAUGAGGGCACCACCACAGCAACAAGCUCAAGCUCCUCACCAUCCGUCACCACCUACAAUCAUUCAACAACCUACGCCAAUGGCGCCCACACCAAGCACAUCGAUCAUGUCUAAUCCUCAAGGGAAUACGUUUCGGAAGAAGCAGAAAUACACCAUCAAAAAUGCAGAGGCAUGGGGUGAGCGGCAUGGUCGACCAGCAACCUACGAUGCAGAAGGACGAGCGUUAUGGAAACGUCCCUCGGACGGCCGACUGGUCUAUCUCGACUGUCCAGCACCAGACUGCGGUAAAUCUGACUUCGUCACCUUGCAUGGAUUCAUGUGCCAUUUGACCAAAAAGCAUAAAGAUCGUACUUUGGGUAGUCAGUCUCGAGCCUUGGAAGUAUGUGGAACUGUCUACGACCCCAAUGCGCCGCGGCCACAACGACCCAGCUUGAAGAGAGAUUCGGCGGGGAAUAGUCGGGGAGGAUCGGUGCAUACGGAAGGCGACGAAGAGGAGGAUACAUAUUCGUCAGUGGCAUCUGAUAUUCAUGACGAUAAUACUACUAAUUUUAAUAAUCAUCAUAGCAAUGUCCCAUCGCCGCGAGAGGAUGGCGUCAAGAAGGAGGCUGCGGAUAGUCCAGUGACGUCUUCUGCUGUCGUCAAUGAAGUGUCUUCAAACAAGGCCAGUAUUGCGUCUAUGAUUGAUAAUGCUGUGACGUCAAGCGAUCAAUGGGUAAAGAAAUCUUCUACUCCGGACGAUGGGCCUGCAGUCGCAACCACCACCGCAGAAGACGCAGCGGCAGCGGCAGUUCUGGCAGGACAGGCCAUCCAAGUCUAAUUUUGAAUUUUGAAAUUACUUGUUUCUUCAUGUUAGAUUCCCCAUAUGUUCUCCGUUAAGAAACAUACGUCUAAUGCAAUAGAAAGGAAUUCUCUCAUCC